AUGCAAGACAUGCAAUCCGCCGCACCAUUGUCUCCUCCCACGACCCUUGUUCCACAAGCACCAGAACCAGAACAAGUUGCAAGUGAAAUUUCCUCAGGGGAUGAAGCAAUUCCAAUGGGGGAACAAAGCAAUUCGAGAUUGAAUUUGCAAUUGGCUAGAAGAACUGGAAGAAUCAGCACUCCCAUUGAGCUUGACUUGUCUAAAAGAAUUGCUGCACAAAGAGUUCUCAUUAGAAAUAUGAGAUAG